AUGAGGCUCGCAAAUGCCUGUCGUUCAGCUUGGUACCAUGGUAAAACCUUGUGGCUUUUCACGGCCAGCGAUAUCAAGUCAAUCGUGAUUCCCACCAUGGCUUUUGGCUUAUUCAGUACGCUGUCCGGCCCAGUCCUUGGAUUCGAGGACGUAAAUCCUCUGUAUCUUGUUGGGAGAUCCAUGAUCCUCUUCUGGUGGGCGUGGAUGAAUCUGCUGCUCCUUUGUAUCAACAACCAAAGAAAAGCCGAGGACAUCCAAGAAGACCGUGUUAACAAAGCCUGGCGGCCUCUUCCCUCGGAUCGUCUCACAAUUUCGCAAGCUGAAAAGCUUCUGUGGGGCGCUGUACCGGUGAUUGGCCUCAUUACUCUCUGCACAGGAGGGUUUCCUUCAAUACAAGAUCUGCGCGACCAAGCAGGAGAUAGUCUGCGAGGACGACCGACGCUGCCGAUCAGCAUAGGAGACGGGAAUGCCAGGUGGACAGUCAUCGUCCCAAUCCUCUUCUGGUCGACGUUUCCUCCAUUUUUCUGGCGGCUGGAUGUUGGUGGGUACGGUCUGACUGUGCUCAUCGGGGCAUUCACCAUUGGUCGAUUAUGCUUCUUGAGGACGUCUGAAGGAGACAGAACCACGUUCAAGAUUUGGAGCUUGUGGCUUGUCUCUAUAUACUCGCUGCCGUUAAUAAAAAUGUAUUAUACAAGGAGAGAGCAUCUAUGA